AUGACUGACAUUCUAAACAUCGGAGACGAACCGAUCUUCGAUGAUCGCAUCGUCAAGAUCGAGACUCAUACGUACAAUCCGUUUGCCAACACAACGUUCGGGCACAGCGACGAGAUACGAAUACCCAUACACCAACAGGAUCUGUACACAUUGCCGUUCGAAAGUUUUCUAUACAUCGAGGGAAAAGUGACAAUAAACAAACCAGCCGAGGGAUUUUCGCUGGUACUGGGAAAUAAUUGUGUCGCGUUCAUGUUCGAUGAGAUUCGAUACGAACUCGACGGUGUAGAAAUUGAUCGCAACAGAAAUGUUGGAAUAACCAGCACACUGAAAAACUAUGCAACUGUGUCGUCAGACAAAAACGUGAUUCUGAGGAACGCAGGAUGGAUUUCGGGUUGGGACGUGAAUGGAUACUUUAAUUAUUGCGUACCACUCAACAUGUUGUUGGGGUUUUGCGAGGAUUACAGACGCGUGGUGAUCAACGCUCGUCACGAGUUAAUUUUAAUACGCGCGCGUAACGAUAACAACAGUCUAAUGGGAAGUUCGGAGUUGGAACCCACGAUUGAUAUAUUCAAGAUACAAUGGCGCAUGCCUCACGUACCGCUGAACGAGAUACAUAAGUUGUCGAUGCUGCGUAUUCUGGAGAGCGGACGGUACCUGAGCAUGGCUUUUCGUUCGUGGGAUCUGUACGAGUUUCCACUAUUGCAGCAAACAACUAAGCAUUCGUGGGCCAUCAAGACCGCUACUCAGCUUGAGAAGCCACGAUAUGUUAUCUUUGCUCUGCAGACGGGUCGAAAGAACAUUGUGUCCGAGGAUCCAAGCCGAUUCGAUCAUUGCAAAUUGACAAACGUGAAACUAUCUGAACUCGGAAUGUUAUCCAUACGACGACAUGAACUUGGAUUUCGAUAA